AUGCCUGUGGUCAAAGUGGAGAAAGACUCUCCUGCAGACAACACUAUGUCUGCCUCCAACCCUCCACUGCAGACAGAGGAGCAGCCUAGAGGUCGGAGAAGGAAGAGACCUCUCCAGCGAGGGAAACCUCCUUACAGCUACAUUGCACUCAUUUCCAUGGCUAUAGCCAACUCCCCUGACCGCAAGCUGACUUUGGGGGGCAUCUACAAAUUCAUCACAGAGCGCUUCCCCUUCUACAGAGACAAUUCAAAGAAAUGGCAGAACUCAAUCCGCCAUAACUUGACUCUCAAUGACUGCUUUAUCAAGAUCCCCCGAGAGCCGGGGCGGCCAGGGAAGGGCAACUACUGGGCCUUAGACCCGAACGCAGAGGACAUGUUUGAAAGCGGCAGCUUCCUGAGGCGCAGGAAGAGGUUUAAGCGCUGUGACUUGAGCACUUACACCUCAUAUGUCCAUGAGACACCAGUUUUCUCUCCGGUCCAGAUUGCCAGAUCAGCUGCAUAUACCAACUCAGUCUACAACAACAUGACAGUCAAUCCGGCCUACGGGCAGCAGCUGCACUCUGCCUAUUACCCCUCUUCAUCUCCUACCGGGUUUGGACCUGGACAGACCCGCAUGUUCAGCAUCAAUAACCUCAUAGGACACCAGACUCCUGCAAGCAUGCUGGGAUGUCAAGGGCCAGAGGUGAUGCAGCAGCCCGGCCGAAGCUUCAGUCCUGAGGGGCUCCCAAACGGAUCCAGCCCCUGCAGCCUGGGAGCCCCGGCUUUCCAGAAUCAACCAUGCGGAGGGGCUGUAUCAUCACGCUCCUCUACGCAUCCCGGGUUCACCUACUCCGGGCCAAAUGGCCACCCACACCACCAUACGCACCAUACACACCAGGGCUCGUAUGGACAGGGCCACACCCAGGGGUAUGCCGCAACAGGACGCCUCCAUUCCUUAGCCCACGGGUCUGUGGAGUCCAUGGACCAUUACGGAAGGGUCUCCCCAAUGCAGUUGGGGUCUUUCUCCCAGUAUAACAGUGCUGCAAGUCCUAUCGCCAACACUGGGGGUUACCUGAGACAUCCAACUUACCCAGGGAAUAUGGAAAGGUUUGUGUCUGCUAUAUGA